CAGGCUCACGGUACCCAAGCCUAGGGGCUGUGCGCCUGGCCGUCUAAGCGCGAGCAGCUCCGGCCGAGGAGUCGCGCGGAGCCGAGACCCUGACGGCCGCAGGUCGCGUCGGUGCAGCAGCUGGACUUGGGCCGAGCGGAGAGGUCCGGAGCAGCAUGGCCGGGAGGGGCUCCUUCCCCGGCGCGGCUCCGCGGCUCUGGAGCGUGCUCCUGUGCGCGCUGGCGCUGCGGGCGGAGGCCGGGCCGCGCGAGCACAGCCUGUACCUGUGGGUCGACGCGCGGCAGGCCCGAGUGCUGCUAGGAUUUGAAGAAGAUAUCCUGAUUGUCUCCGAGGGGAAAAUGGCCCCCUUUACGCAUGAUUUCAGAAAAGCCCAACAGAGGAUGCCGGCUAUUCCUGUCAACAUCCAUUCCAUGAAUUUUACCUGGCAAGCUGCAGGGCAGGCAGAGUACUUCUAUGAAUUCCUGUCCUUGCGCUCCCUGGAUAAAGGUGUCAUGGCAGAUCCAACCGUCAGCGUCCCUCUGCUCGGAACAGUGCCUCAUAAGCCCUCAGUCGUUCAAGUCGGUUUCCCGUGUCUUGGAAAACAAGACGGGGUGGCAGCGUUCGAAGUGAAUGUGAUCGUGAUGAAUUCUGAGGGCAGCCCCAUCCUCCAGACGCCUCAGAAUGCUAUCUUCUUUAAAACGUGCCAACAAGCUGAGUGCCCCGGAGGCUGCCGAAACGGAGGCUUUUGUAAUGAGAGACGUGUCUGUGAGUGUCCGGACGGAUUCUUCGGCCCUCACUGCGAGAAAGCCCUGUGCACCCCGCGGUGCAUGAACGGUGGACUCUGUGUGACUCCCGGCUUCUGCAUCUGCCCACCUGGAUUCUAUGGCAUCAAUUGCGAUAAAGCAAACUGCUCGAACACCUGCUUCAACGGAGGUACCUGCUCCUACCCCGGAAAGUGCGUCUGCCCCCCGGGACUAGAAGGCGAGCAGUGUGAAAUCAGCAAAUGCCCGCAGCCCUGUCGGAAUGGAGGUAAAUGCAUUGGGAAGAGCAGGUGCAAGUGCCCCAAAGGGUAUCAGGGAGACCUCUGCUCAAAGCCUGUCUGCGAGCCUGGCUGCGGCAACCACGGAACCUGCCACGAGCCCAACAGAUGCCAAUGUCAAGAAGGCUGGCACGGAAGACACUGCAGUAAAAGGUACGGAGCCAGCCUCAUGCACGCCCCGAGGCCAGCAGGCGCCCGGCUGGGGCAGCACACACCUUCACUUAAAAAGGCCAAGGAGGAGCGGCGGGACCCACCUGAAUCCAAUUACAUCUGGUGAACUCCACAUCUGAAACGUUUUAAGUUACACCAAUUUCAUAGCCUUUGUUAACCUUUCAUGUGUUGAAUGUUCAAAUAAUGUUCAUUACACUUAAGAACACCGGCCUGAAUUUUAUUAGCUUCAUUAUAAGUCACUGAGCUGAUAUUUACUCUUCCUUUUAAGUUUUCUCAGUAUGUCUGUGGUGUGAUGGUACAGAUUUUCUUGUUUCAGUGCUUUAGGACAGAUUUUUAUAUGAUGUCAGUUGAUCAGGUUAAAAUGUCUUUUCUGUGUAGUUGACAGAUAUUUUCAAAAUUACAAUGCGUUCAUGGUGUCUAGAGGCUAGGGAGCAUUAGAGAGGCUAAAUUGGGCAAAAAUGCAUAAAUCACAAGGGUUUGGAUUAAACUAUUCCCAGUGUUGAAGUUACAGCAUUUCAAAUUUUAUUGUCAUAUUUUUAGAUGUCGUCACAUUUUUUAAUUGCCCUUAUUUUUAAGCUGUCAAUACACUAUAUUUUGACCUUACCAUUUUUUCCAGAGAAUUCAGUAUCAAAAAAAAUUACACGGUGGUUGUGGCAUUUAAACAAUAUAAUAUAUUGUAAACACAAUGAAAUAGGGACUAUAAUGUGUGAACUUUUUGCAUUUGGCUUGAGGCAAUAUAAUAUAUUGUAAACAAAACACAGCUCUUACAUAAUAAACAUUUUAUACUGUUUGUAUGUAUAAAAUAAAGGUGCUGCUUUAGUUUUCUGA